CAGGCGAAGGUUCCUAUUGCUUACGAUCCGAGAGCCAGCUACAUUUUGUCUGGCCGCUCUGGGCCAUGGAUACAACCUUUAGCAGUUCCACAAUCUGUUUAUUGUCACCAAGCUAAUAACAUCAAUAAUUUGGUUAAAGAAACAGUGACCAGUUUGGUUCACAGAAUAAGAGUGAGGUGUGUUGACCGGUGAAUGCAUAGAGUCAAGAAGGUUCAACUUUGUGACAAUAAAGGGGGUACCUGGAAAAGCUGUGUGACCGUGAGCAUGACGGCUGUGGAUGGCCUUUCGGACAGCACCGAGGUAGUGGAGAUGGAGGACGGCCCAUCUCAGUUUUAUGUGGAGAAACACUCUUGGGAGGGCCUCCGUGACAUUAUCCACUGUAGCAGAAAAUACUCUGGAAUGAUCGCCAACAAGGCUCCUCAUGACUUCCAGUUUGUGCAGAAGAAGGAUGAGAAUGGGCCCCACUCCCACCGGUUGUACUACCUCGGAAUGCCUUAUGGAAGCAGAGAGAAUUCAUUACUCUACUCAGAAAUCCCCAAGAAGAUCCGGAAAGAGGCCCUCUUAGUGUUGUCAUGGAAACAGAUGCUGGAUCACUUUCAGGCUACACCGCACCAGGGGGCCUACUCCCGAGAGGAGGAGCUGCUGAGAGAGCGAAAGCGUCUCGGAGCCUUUGGGAUCACCUCCUAUGACUACCACGCCCAGACGGGCCUGUUCCUCUUUCAGGCCAGCAACAGCCUCUUCUACUGUCAGGAUGGAGGCAGCAACUGCUUCCUCCAGUCUGCUCCUGUAAAGCCUGUGGAGAUCAAGACCCAGUGCUCAGGGACACGCAUGGACCCCAAGAUCUGCCCUGGAGACCCCGACUUCAUAGCCUUCAUCAACAACAACGACCUGUGGAUUGCCCACAUUAAGACUGGAGAGGAAAGGAGACUCACUUUCUGCCACAAAGGUUUGGAUAAUGUUAAGGAGGACCCGAAGUCUGCAGGUGUAGCAACGUUUGUCAUCCAGGAAGAGUUUGACCGUUUCACCGGCUACUGGUGGAGUCCUUCAGCAGUGGAAGACCCUAGUGGAGGUAAAACAGUGUACCUGCUGUAUGAAGAGGUGGAUGAGACAGAAGUAGAGAUUAUUCAUGUUCCAUCUCCAGCACUGGAAGAGCGGAAAGCAGACGCAUACAGAUAUCCUCGUACAGGUAGCAAAAAUCCCAAGGCUACCCUUAAACUGACAGAGAUCAAGACAGACCAGCAAGGAAGAAUCUUGAGCACGCAAGAUAAAGAAUUGGUCGCCCCCUUCAACUCCUUGUUUCCUGGGACAGAAUACAUCGCCAGAGUAGGAUGGACGAGUGACGGCAAAUAUGGCUGGGCAGUGCUUCUGGACCGCAGUCAGAGGAGGCUACAGCUGGUCCUUCUGCCUCCAGCGCUCUUCAUCCCGGUCACAGACGACCCGGCUCAGAGGCAGGAGAGUCUGGAGACCGUGCCCACUAACACACAGCCAUACAUAAUCUACGAGGAGACCACAGACGUCUGGAUUAAUGUUCAUGAUAUAUUCUAUCCCUUUAUUCAAACGACAGAAGAUGAGUUUAGUUUCAUUUGGGUAAACGAGUCUAAGACGGGUUUCAGCCACCUGUAUAAUAUCACGUCCAUGUUACAACCGGGCUGCUACCAUUGGACGGAGGAAUACCAACAGGUAGAGGGAGACUUCAAAUGUGCAAUCAAGGAGGAAGUUACAUUGACCAGUGGAGAAUGGGAAGUGCUGGCAAGACAUGGUUCCAAGAUCUGGGUGAACGAGGGAUCGAAGUUGGUGUACUUCCAGGGCACCAGAGACACUCCACUGGAGCACCACCUGUACGUGGUCAGCUACGACUCACCGGGAGACGUGGUCCGACUAACCAAGCCCGGCUUCUCUCAUAGCUGCUCUGUUAGCCAGAACUUUGACUAUUUUGUCAGCCACUACAGUAACGUGAGCACGCCUCCGUGUGUUCACGUCUACAAACUGAGCUGCUCAGAAGGCGACCCACUACACAUGGUACCUGAGUUCUGGGCCAGCAUGAUGGAGUCACCAGGUUGCCCAGGAGAUUACAAUCCACCUGAGAUUUUUGACUUUGCAGGAAAGUCAGGCUUCCAGCUUUAUGGGAUGGUAUACAAGCCUCACAACAUGCAGCCAGGCAGGAAGCACCCGACUGUUCUGUUCGUGUAUGGAGGCCCACAGGUUCAGCUGGUGAACAACUCCUUCAAGGGGAUGAAGUACCUCCGUCUGAACACACUGGCCUCUCUGGGCUAUGCUGUGGUCGUCAUUGAUGGGAGGGGUUCCUGUCAGAGGGGGCUUGAAUUUGAAGGAGCACUGAAAAACAAAAUGGGUCAGGUGGAGAUUGAGGACCAGGUGGAGGGGCUGCAGUACGUGGCAGAGAAGUUUAACUUUGUGGAUCUGAGCCGUGUAGCCAUUCACGGCUGGUCCUAUGGCGGUUUCCUCUCUCUCAUGGGGCUCAUCCAGCGACCCAAUGUCUUCAAGUUGGCUAUUGCAGGUGCCCCAGUGACUGUAUGGAUGGCGUACGACACAGGCUACACAGAGCGCUACAUGGAUGUGCCUGAGAACAACCAGCAGGGCUACGAGGAAGGCUCUGUGGCCCUGCACGUGGACAAGCUGCCCAGCGAGCCCAACCGUUUGCUGAUUCUCCAUGGAUUUCUAGAUGAGAAUGUGCACUUCUUCCACACCAAUUUCCUAGUGUCACAGAUAAUCCGUGCUGGGAAGCCCUAUCAGCUUCAGGUUUACCCCAACGAGCGACACAGUAUUCGCUGCCCUGAGUCUGGAGAGCACUACGAGAUAAUGCUGCUGCACUUUCUACAACAAUACCUCUGAAAUGAGACAACAAGGGAGAAGUGAAGUCCCCUCUGUCCUCCUUUACCCCUUCCGCUCACCCCCCAUCUUUUCUCUCUCUGACUUCUGCACCCCAACCCUAGUCUCCACCUGUACACCAUGUCAUGAAGAGACUAUCGGACACUCUGCAGCCAAACACUCUCUCCGGUGAACUUGUCCCCUCACUAUACUUCCCUCUUUUGCUCUCUCUGUCUCAUCAAUGCCCCCCCCCCCCUUCUGCUCUGUGUACAGUCUGGGGUAUGGUUUACGAGCACAGAGAAGUGGUGUCUCACCCUGAAAGCUGAACAAAGACAAGGACACAUGGAGAAAUGUUUUCAGGCUGUGUCACAUUGACUCAUCGCUCACCCACGUCCUCAUCUCUGCAACCAUUAAGGGUUUUUGCCAAAUGUUAAAGUGUUGCCCCCCCUUCCCGCUCCACUUGUUUUAUUCAGUUGAGUCAGUGGUAGGAACGGGGUUACAGUUCACAGAUAAAAAAGGAAAUCUAUACACGCAGACAUGAGCUCACACACUAAACGUAAUGUGAAAUACAGUACAAACACACACGUAGAAUUGCAAUAUCCAUACAUACUGUGAGUCCGAACCUUGCAAUUUGUGUAACCAUGAAGUAAAAGUGAGACUCUUCCUCUAUCCACUUGUUUUAAGUGUGUGUGUAGUUUAAAAUAAAAAUAUUUUAUGAAUUUUUAUUCUUUUUUUUAAAUAAGUGCUGACAUGAGCUGGCCGCACAAUGAUAUUUGUGCGUCUCUCUCUCCCCUCACAUUACAUUGCUCGAGAUGUCUGCUUGCCUUCUUAACACAUAAUUUAUAUUUGCCAAAGUACCUCAUGACUCUUGAUCAUGCUGGUAUUUACUUUUUUUACUGCAAUAAAGACAACAGGAGGGUGAGCACUGGAGUCUUACAACAGCUUUGUACCACCGGAAUACAAUUUGUACAUGAUAAUGAAUAAAUGUAUGAAUCAAUCACAUGC